AUGGUUACGAGGUGGAGGGCGGCUCUGGCCGCCCUGGUGGCGCUGGUGCUCGUGGGCGCGCCCGCUGCGCGUGCCGCGCGCUGGGGCAGCGCGGCUGGGGGCGUGAUUGCGUCGGAGCAGCCGCGCGGCGACCUGGAGGGCCACCACAAGCACAAGGAACCGUACGGUCGUCCUCUGAUCGGUAUCCUGACUCAGCCGUGCCACGACUGCCCGGGCGACUCGUAUGUGGCGGCAGCGUUCGUCAAGUGGGUCGAGCUGUCCGGCGCCCGCGCGGUCCCGAUCCACUUCCGCAAGAGCGACGCGGAGCUCAAGCGCGUCUUCAAGUCCAUCAACGGCAUCGUCUUUCCCGGCGGCCUCACUUGGCUGUGGCUAGACGCGCCGUACGUCAUCACCGCCCGCAAGCUCUUCAAGUGGGCGCUCGAGGCGAACGACAAGGGCGACGUAUUCCCGAUCUGGGGCACGUGCCUGGGCUUCCAGCUCCUGCACAUUCUCGUCUCGGACGUGUCGCGCAACGACCUCCUGAUUGAGACCGACUCGGUGGCGCACCCCACGACGCUGGAGUGGGCCGAGGACGUCCGCGAGAAGUCGGCUCUGCUCGAGGACAUGCCGGACGACCUCUUCGACGGCCUCGCGGACCCGGAUCAGAACAUCGCGAUGCAGAAUCACGAGUACGGUCUGCCGCCGCACCACUACGACAAGUGGCCCGUCCUGAACGACUGGUUCCGCAUCCUCUCGACGUCCGUCGACCGCAACGGCACCGAGUACGUCUCCACGAUGGAGGCGCGGAAGUACCCCUUUUUCGGCUCGCAGUGGCACCCGGAGAAGCCUCCGUUCGAGUUCGCGAUGACCGAGGUGCCGCACAGCGCGAACGCGAUCGGCGUCUCGCAGUACCUCGCGAACAAGUUCGUCUCCUUCGCGCGCCAGUCCAAGCACCGCCCGGAGAGCCUCGAGAUGGAGCUUGAGAUGGUGAUGAACAACUUCCAGGCGGUGUUCACAGCGCGCGAGGAGCCCGACCCGGAGAACUACGACGGCCCGGACAUGACGUACUUCUUCGGCACGCCCGGGCUGCCGCCGGAGCCCGUCGGGCCGCAGCCGGACGACGGCCCGUCGCCGGACGACCCUGACAACAACAAACCGCAUUUCCCGCACCACCACAAGCACGACGACGACCCGGACGACGGCGACGACACGGACGACGACGACGACGACCCGCCGAGCCGCGGGGACCACCACCACGGCCACGGCAAGUACGUGGAGGCCGGGCCGCGGCCUUGGAUGUGGGCGUAG